AUGGGCCUUUCGCGCAUUUUCCUUAUUUCAGGUUUGUUGAAAUGUCUCAUUUUUAAGGGUUUUUUCUAUUUAGUUUGCAUUGUGAGCUGCGGGAGUCUCCGACUUUUUGCUCGAACUGCUCGUAGUAUAUCGUUGAUUGAAAUAGACACGGAGGAGAGGUUAAAUAUCACAGUUUCAACGCCUCUGGUUUCGUCUAUAGUCGAAGAUGCUCAUGUUCUACUAGCUGCGGACAUCAGAAAUGUAGGACUGUUUUUGACUUUGCAGGAAAAAGUGUUUUCAGAACAUCGGAUAUUUUAUGACUCGAGGUAGCUUACAUGCUAUCAACAUAGAAGAUCGCCAGGUCAGAGAACUUGGAAAAAUUGGUCACCAUGUUGAUGAUUCGCCUUCGAGUAUCGAUUUGGACUGGAUAACUGGCCAGGUUGGAGUUCAUUUUCCUUAAUAAGAGAGGUCAUUUUAGUUUGCCUUUUUGGAAUUUUUUGUUCUCUAGCCAUAACACUUUUUCGUUGACCAGGAAAAAAAAGUUAUGGUUUAACCUACACAGCUUCCUUUUAGAAUUUUGAGAUCUUUCUUCGUUUUUAAAAUGUUUUUCUCGAAAAUUGGGCAGUUGUGCAAGUUGAGAUUUUCAGGAUUUUCUCCCUAAUACAUUUAUGAGUUUCAGUAAACAGUAUGAAAAGCUCUUCCAGCAAAAAAAAAACAUGAAUUUCCUUGUAAGACUUUUCCAACCAUGAAGCUUUUUUCAUUUUUUGCUGAAUUUUUUUUUGAAGAAAAUUCAACUAAGUUUCGAAAAGAUUGAAAAUUCGUUUGAGAAAAGAUAAUAGAGAAUUCAUUUCCGUGUUUCACAGUUCUACGUUGGAGUGCAAGGAGACCAUGAUAGCAGUGGUAGAAUUGAAGUAUGCUCAAUUAGCGACGUCUCAAACUGUGCUGUGGUCCUUUUCGACGGUCUUGAUUAUCUUUAUUCUCUCGUCGUUAAUCCAUCAGAAGGGUAUGAAAAUUUAUAAAUGAAGUAAAACAGUUUUCUUCACAGAUUGAUGUACUGGCAGAAUGGAAUUUCAAAUAGCGUCGAAAGCGCUUACAUGAACGGAAGCAAUCACGACAGGACUCCGAUCGAGGUAGAAUUUUCUCUCAAUUUGGAUACUUCAGAGAACUUAUUUUUUUCUAUCUUCAGUUUACAGCCAAGUUUAAAAUUGAUAUCCCGGUUCAACUUCUGAAAGUUCUAGCAACCCAGUAGUUUGACGGUAAUUCCUUUUUUAGGAAAAAAACUUCUUAUUUAUUUAAAAGUUUCGCAAAAUUUUCAUGCCUUAAAAUAAGCUUGAUGAAGUUUUGAACAGAUCUCCAGUACAAAAAUAAAAAUUUCAUCCGCCUUUGGAAGACUUCCCUAUCAAGUGGUCUUAGUCAAUUCUGAGCGAAAGCUGUAUUCGAGAUUUUCAUUUUCACUUUACAGACUGCUGAAACAAUGUUCGCACAACAAAAUAUCCGCCUGACGUCACUCACAUUUCACCCUCCCUCACAACGGAUGUUUUUUGUGAGGUCUUUAGGCUCAGCAAAUGAAAUUGUGGCUUGUCAUCUGACCGGAUCUCGCUCUUGCCAAGUUCAGGCCGUAGCUGAUGAUAUCAUCCAUUUGGCCGUUUCUGAGGUUUUUUUUUGUUUCAAAAAUGCUCCUCUCAAUAAAAUCACAUAUUUAAUUAGCUACUCAGAAAUACCUUAUUUGGUCAAUGAGUGUCCAUGGCUCUCUCAUGUACUGCACUAUCGACAACUGCCAAGAAACGAAACAAAUGGUCAAAGUCGCUGGUGUGGAAACUUUUGUCGUACUCGAUCCGGCUCUCCAGCCUCAUAAAAGUGUUUUUUAUCUUUACUCUUUGAAAAAUGAUAAUGUUGAAGACAAACACCCAAAUCCAUGCGCCAGGAGAAAUUUCGGUUGUUCGCAUUACUGCCUUCUGACGCAUGGAAGACCUCACGCAAGUUGCGCCUGUCCUAUUGGUAUCGCUCUUGAAAAAGAUGGCAGAACUUGUCAGAAGAAAGGGAUUGAUAAGGUUUCUGAAAGAUUCCGAGAAAAAUUAAUUGAUUUUUUCAGAUGUUAUUGAUUUCGGCUCUGAAUGGUUUGUAUAAAAUCUCCCUGGAUACUUCAGAUUUAACUUCCAUUCAAAUAAAAUAUGAGGUAUUUCGAUACUGUAACAGCUACCGAAUCGUUGAAUGAUAGGGUCAUGAGCAAGGACAAAAGUUGGAUGGAGUCGAGUUCGACCAAAAAACUAAAUUUGUGUAUUGGUUAGAAGGGCUUCGAGAGGAACCAACAAGUUCUGUUUUUGGAAAAGUUGUCAAAAGAUGCCUUAUAAAUGGAUCAAACACAAAGGUUGUCUUUUAAUUUUUAUCAUCAAAAAAAAUGAAUUUGAGGUCAUUCUCACUGUUCCAACAAACGUAAAAGCAAUAAAAAUCGACCCUCCUACUCAAAAUUUGUAUUGGCUCGAAGAAGGGAUAACGUCGAGGAUUGGAGUAAAAAAAAUUUAAUUAGAAAAUCAAUUGAUUUUACUGGUUUAGAUGACAAGUUUAUCAACUUUUUUUUCUAAAACCAUCAUUUUGAACGGCCUGAGGGGCGCAAAAGCUUUUGCCUUGAAUUACGAGAAACGGAUCAUUGUCGUUGCAAGUGAGAGUUCCGAGUUAUUGAGAUCCAACAAUCAUUGAUUAAGGUGAUCGUGAAGACUACGGUAUCAUCGAACAGUUUUCAUUGGAUGGAAAAAAUCGUACAAGAAUCGUAAGUUUUUUCCAAAAUUUAACAAAUGACCAUUUUCAGUUAUCAUUGCCCCAAGGUCAUUUUGUCAUCAGCAUCGACUUUGACGUAAAAGCUAACAAAGUAUACUGGACAGAAAGUAAUUCUACCCAAGUCGCUGUCAGUUUUCACAGCUCAUUUAAUUAUAAUCUUUUCAACUUCUCAGUGGCUUGAUCUGAACGAAGGAAUAGCGGAAAGGAUCGAUUUCCCACCAUCCAUUCGCCUCGCACAACCUAAUAUUGUUUCUGUUCUUGGUGAGAUUUGAACUUCUUCAUAGCAAAUCUCGAUCAAAUUUGAAGAAGAAACGAUUUUCUUCAAUUCCUUCGCUGAGCGUUAUCUUCUCAAAAUGGUCCCUAGUGGUUAGUACUUUUUAAUAUAUAUAUAUUUUUUUCUGCAAUGGCUUGAAUUCAUUUUUUAUUUUUUGUGUUUGUCGCACUGGUUCUGUCUAUUUUCACAGAUAAAAAGAGAAAGAUAAGUCGGAACAUUCGUUCAUUGUAAGUAGGGUAUUUUCAUAAAAUAUCCAUAAUUUAUUCCAGAAGCCGACGAAGCUGACAAAAUUGAAGUUUCAAUAUUUGGGUCCAGUGGAAUGAAAGCCAUCUCGAUGUUCAACAAUGACAUCAAAAAAGAUGUUUGCUCUGUUUCAAACGGUGGAUGCCAGCAUAUUUGCACCAGUAAUUAUGCUUUGUGAGUUCAUGACUUAUUUAUCAAUAAAUGUUUAAAAAGUGUUCCAUUUUGCUGGUUUUAAAAUCAUCUAAUUUUAAAUUUCAGGAAACCGGUCUGUCUUUGUGCAGAUGGCUUUGCCUUGAAAGACGAUGGAAUCAGCUGCACGGCCUUCUCCGAAAUGUUUUUCAUGAUUUCUGGCCGAGGACAGAACUUUCUGGAAAUUGUUACUUCAGGGAGGUAAAUUUAGAAUACAGGUAAAACAAAUGAAUUUUGUUAUUCAGUUUGCCCCAAACGAAUAACUUCAUUUCAAACUACAACGACGUUUUCAAGAAGAUUCUCUGCGCAAGCGUUGACAACGUGGGAAAUCUCCAAUCAUUUCAGAGAGAAACAUUGUUUCAGUUUCAAUCUGAACUGAUUAUCGCUGGCAUAUCAGUUGAUGGAUACGGAACAAUCGCCAAAGCUCUAAUUCCAUCUGUUUCAAACUACAGUGUAGUCACAGCCAUUCCAUCGAUUACAGUACUUCUUAGCGAGUCUAGUUUGAACGGCGUGGUCAGUAUUGCUGUAGACCAAACUUCGAGGAACAUAUUUUGGUGAGACAAAUAUCAAAAAAAAAUCAUUCUUUUGAUAACCAGGACAAACGCUCACACAAAUCGUGUAGAAGUCUGUGAUAUGACGGGCCAGUUUCGGAGGGCUUUGGCUUGGAAAAACACUUAUCCAAGACAAAUGGUUCUGAGCUCUACGCAAAAAGCAAUUUUCUACGUGAAUGCAGCAAAAAACGUCACCAUUCGAGUAAUUAAAAUGACGUUAUUACUUUUCAUGAGAGCUAAUAUAUCCAGAAGCUUCCAAUGUCCGGUGAUGUUUCUGGUGGCGUGGAUAUUAUCACAGAGCUGGAGAACAUCUUAUCACUGUCUAUCGAUGAACAAAACUCUCAAAUUUAUUGGGUGGAAAACAAUGAUGUUUGGAUUGUAUCCGUCGCAUUGUUAGAUGGCAAGUUUAUUUCUUAUAAAAGUUUCGAGAAAGAAAAUAAAAAAUUUGAUUUUAUUCUUGUCACUAUCGUUGAAAGUGGUGUAAACCAAAGAAACGCCACAACACACGAUGAUGACUAGACUUGGAUCAAAUUGCAAGAAAAAGUUUGAAAUAUCCCGAAUAAUUGGUAGGCAGUGAUAGUGAAUGCGUUUAAUUCAUAACAAACAGAGCUGGUCUGAAAUUUUGAAAGCGUUAUUAAACAUUGCUUUCACCAGCAGAAUAGCUUGCGGGAUGUCUAGGAGGCGAGGGAUAGGUCGACAUGAAUUGUAGUUUCGGCGCCCUCCUCAUUUUGUCAAAAUGCACGCGCAUGUGCUCACAGUGACAUUAACCUAUAAAAACCGUAAAAAGUCUACAAAAAUAUAAAAAGGAAAUUGCAUCGUCUGUAAUUGAUAAUUUUUAGUUGAACUUUCUUAGGUUGAAUCUUUCUUAACAAAUCGAAGAUCCAAAUUCAGGAAAACAGCGUGAGAUUCUUUACGUCGGAAAAGAUCGAAAUCCGCUCGACAUCAGUUUCUAUAACAAUCUACUUUACUUCAUCGAGAACUCGGGCUCUGCGGAUACUCCGGGAGUUCUUGGAAAUUACGAUGGAAUGGCUUUCAAAUCAAUUCACUCAAACAUGCCUCACAUAAGCAGCUUCAAACUUCACCAGCGUCAAGAAAAGCCUAAUAAGAGUUUGUGGAAUCGAUGUUCCUUCUAAUUCUUCUUCUUUUUUUUUUUAGAAAUUGACUUGUGUGGUUGGGAAACAAACAGAUGCAAACAGCUGUGUCUACCUAAAGAAAGAGAAAACGAACGCUCUUUUUUUGGAUUCGAAGAGUCGCACUCCGAAAUGUGCACCUGCUCGGACCAUUUUUUCUUAGAGAGUUCAGCUGCCGUUGCCACUGUAGCUGCUCAAUGCAAACGUCAGUUCGGGAUCAAUAGCGGAACAAAAAAAAAUUAAAUUCAGCAAUCGCUCAGUCAGUCUUUGCUGUAACACAUAAUGGAAUAUCGAUGUUGUCCCUUCAUCGCUUAGCCGACAAAUCAAUGACAUGGCGCCAAGUACAAUAGUUUUCAGGCUUGAUAAGACUCAUCUCAUUCUAGGAUCCAAUAACCCGAUUGCCUCUGAAAUUCAAGCGCUCUACCGUGAUCUCCUCCAUUUCAUACCAUUCCGUAUUUCGCACCCUCUUUUGGAUCGAACAAGAUGACCCUACUUCUAUUAAAACUGCAAGUGUUGAUCAUCCUUAUGAGGUUUUACUUUUCUAUCUGAAAAGUUUCCAAAGUAUUUUUUAGCGGCUGGCUUUCAACAGCUUGACUUCGAGUCAUUGCAAUUUCUUCGUUGCUUUGGCUGUUGACGAUGUCGGGAACCAGUUGUACACGACAUGUUACCGUAGCUCGACGGGAUUUGUAGCCGUUUAUUCCAUCUCCGUAUACAAUUAUUUCGAAUUCUCAGAAAAUUCUGAUGUUUUUCUUUUCAGAAUUCUCCGAUUUUAUUGAAAUACAUUGGUAUUGUUGUCUCCGGAGAUGCGGCUGCUUCCGCAACAGGAAUUCCGACGCAACCACGCGCCAUUAUUGUGGUUCCUCUGAAAAAGUCUCAGGAAAUCUGAAUGCGCGAAGAGAGGAAAAAUUUUCAGUAUUUUUUUCUAUGUGGACAAAAGUGGGGUAGCUAAACAAGGGACAAGUUCUAUUGUGAAGUGCUCUCUGGACGGCAAAAAAUGCAUCAAUUGGCUGACCGAAGUAAUUUUUUUGUGUAUUUCAAGCAAAAAAAAUCUUUCCAGGGAGUAUCGGCCAACACGAAAUUACAGGCUGAGUUGAACAUUGAGAGCUCUCGUCUUUUUUAUACUGUAAAAAUCACGAGUUAUUCAUAAUGAAAUCUUUUUUUCAGAGCAAGACGGGUGUUUGGUCAAGAGAUAUUGCUUCGGCAACUUCUCACGUCAGACAUCAUUACUCUUCGCAGCAAGGAACUACGGAAUACGCGGUGGCUCCCCUUGAUGAAGUCAUAGUACUCGUUGCGGAUAUUCACAAACAGUUUUUCUCAACAAAAUAUAUACAUCUUCAAUAAUCCUUUCAGAAAAUCGUUUGUGAUUGAUUUGCUGAUUAAUGAGACAAUUCCCGCGCUUACCGACACUUAUUUGUUAACUAUAACAUGUGAGUUUUUAAAGAUUCAUGAAAUUCCAGUAUGAAAAUUUUCCUGUAAUAACUUUUUUCGAGAACCAGAAUUUUCUCUAAAACAACUUUUCGAACGUCUAGCUGAAAUUUUUUCAAUGUCGCUUCUUAAAUUUUUUUCGAAAUCUAACCGUGGGAAGUUCAAAAAAUAUGGAAAAAAAUUCUGAAGUAAACUUGAGAUGAGACGAUAAAAAGAUAUAGGGCAAAAAAACUAAGAAUUCUCAAAUUUGUAUAGGGAGCGAUCAAAAGUAAUAUUAUCCUAAAUUUAAAAAAAUUCUUUUUGCGAGUUUAAAGUAUUUUUUUAAGUAUUUUUGUUUGCUAAUAGGUUCUCUAAUUUUGUCCAUGUAAAAUUCGUUUCAGCUACCUUGGAAGCUCAAAGCAAAACUUGCCGGGAAUCCGGAUGCUCUCACAUGUGCCGCUACGCUCGAGAAAAAGAUGCCCCCAUUCAAGAAAAGUUUGAAUGCUUGUGCCCCAUCGGAUUUGCGCUCAGCUCAGAAAGGCAAAUCAAACAAAGAUUAUUUUCACAGUUUUACUAUUUUCAGCAGCAAAAUCUGCGUCCCGAGUGUAACUUGCGAACCUUGGCAGUUUUCAUGUGCUGAUGGGCAACAGUGUGUUCAUGCAGCCAAAAAAUGUGAUAGGGUCAAUGACUGCAAGUGAGUUUCGCUCAAAAGAUUGAUAAAGACUAAAGUGAUUUCAGCGAUCACAGCGAUGAAACCUCAUCCCAGUGUUCUACCGUAGGCGAAGGUUGGCCCUGCGACGACGGUACAUCCAGUGUUAAUCGUACUUUUGUGUGCGACGGCUUCACGCAUUGCCCUGACGCUUCUGAUGAACUUCAUUGCAGGUUAAGAUUUGAGGCUUUGAAUGAAAAACUCAUUUUUGUUUGUUUCCUCAAAAAAAAUGAUAUGAUCGCAUGCUUUUUCGAAAUUAGCUCUGUACUUUUAGCGUUUAUAAUAAAAUAUUGCAAAAAAAAAAUCUUUUAGAUGCGAAAGACCUCAUGAAAACUUUGACUGUGGAGCGUGGAGCAGUUCAAAUUCAAAGAAAUGCGUCCCAAGGAUCUCGAUGUGCAAUCAAAAUUUGGAUUGCGAGUUAGGAGAAGACGAGAGUGCAUUGGUAAUCACUCGAAGCUCUUAGCUUUACUGAUUAUUUUCUUUGAGGUUUGCUUCCGAUUUUCUGCUAUUCAAAGCAACGCCGGUUGGUUGUACAGCGUGCUUCUGGCCAUUGUCAUAUUACUCAUCCUGAUCCUCGUCAUGUUCUGCUGUGCCAGGUGAUUUUGUAUUUUUUAUUUAUUCUGAAUGGUUCACAGGCAAGCGAAGGCGCCAUCGCCGACCAAUUGCACGAUGACCACUGACAGGAACGAAGCGAGUUCUUUACUUCCUUCGACGGCUAUUCCUCGGCCACCGCAGUUCCUUCCAGACCAAGUCCGCAUUGAAAAAAAAAACGAAAUUCAAUUUGAUAUCAUGUUCAGGUCCCGUUGCAUUCAUAUUCUGUAACAAACAGCUCUUCAACGUGUAUCGCUUUGCCGCCACCGAAUUCGAGCUGGACAGCGAGCAAAAUUUCAUCGAGCGCCGAAAUUCCACCUCAUCGUUUUUACGCCCCACCGCCAAGCACUGCAAGGUUUCUGAGACGCAUACACACAAUUUGAAUGAUUUAUUUCAGCCUCUCAACUUAUGGAGUUGUGAGACCUACUGACAUUCGGAUGAUUCCUCGUAGCAGUCAUACUCGAAGGCGGAGAACUCAGAGUCCCGACGAUAGCUCGGUAUAGUUUUUGUUUCAGUCUUGCGAUGGACUAAUAUUCUGCGGCUCAGCUACUGAAGCUCGAACUUAAAGAGUUGAAAUUUUUUAAAACUCAAUGAAUUUUCUACUUUGAUUUAAAAUCACGGCGCUUCAUGAAAGCUUCCUGCACCGUUUUAUCAAUUGUUCAAAACUCAAUAGCGCACCUCCGGUAGUUUCAAAAAUAUCAACUUCUAUCAGCGCCGGCUUUUUUGGUUUUCUCAAAUUCUGAAUUUUUUUUUCUCGAACUCUGAAAAAAAAAAAAUUAAGGUCGAGAACGUGAGAAUGACGUCAACGCCUCGGAAUGGGAAAUAUACCGAUUCACCAAAAAUGUUCGACACAAAAACUCGGCCGUCGCCAAUCGCUUUUCAACCCAUACAUCAUUCCUCAACUUCUUCACUUUCAAGUCAUAGUAGUGAUGAGAAUCCACGGUAUUGA